AUGGCAUACAACCAUCGCAUGAGCAUGGCUGGUACCCAGCAGCCUCACAAUCGGCGCAAGAAGGAAGAUGAUAAUGACGCAUUGAUGCGCCUGCCCGACAAAGAAAUCGCAGGUUGUAUCAAUGACAUUGGAAUUCCCUUCGGUCCCUCAGAUCUCGCCAAACCCAACGCCCAGCAAAUCCAGAUGGUCUUCGAAUGGUUCGCAGAGCUCCUCAUGAACACGACGCGCGAAACGGUCGAGCCUGCUAUGCAUGUGGCAGCUGAAGAUAUCUGCGGCGACUAUCCCGAUAUUGUUCCCAAUGACACGCGAAACCUCAUGGGUUUCUUUGUGAAUGUCCGGAAACUUCUAGCUGAGUGCGGUGUUAACGACUUUACAUUUACCGACAUGACCAAACCGACUCACGACCGACUAAUUAAGAUCUUCUCUUAUCUCAUCAACUUCGUCCGGUUCCGCGAAUCCCAAGCUCCCGUUAUCGAUGAGCACUUCAACAGGACCGAGAGGACCAAAUCACGAAUUGAGACUCUACACAUGGAAAAUCAAGAAAUGGAGCAGCGCCUAGCGGAGAUGCGACGAGAUCAACAAGCCAAUGAGACGCAGGUGCGCGAAAAGGUGGCCCGAAAUGACGAGCUGAAGGCUCGUCUCUUGGAGCUCCGUCGGGAGCAGACAAGAGUGGCAGACCAUCUCGAAAGAGUCAAAUCCGAGCGAUCGCGUCGGCAGCAACAACUAGAGGAGAAAACCGAGAAGACAGUUCGCACCCGACAAGAAGCUGAGAAACUUCGACCCUAUGUUCUUGAAUCUCCGGCGACGUUACAAUCUACGUUGACCGAGUUGGCGGAGAACUUGAUGCGCGAGAAGGCACAGAUUGAUGCGAUGGAAAAGCGAGCUAGGGCGCUCCAGACCUCCUCAGAUACAUUCACUGUGGUUUCGAAUGAUGUGCAAGCAUGUGUGAAAUUGCUCGAUGAAAUUGCGACGGAAAUGCAGAAGGAAGACGAGGAGGAAUCACAUGCCGCUCGGAAUAAAGAGGCUAUCUCGGACAGAGGCAACAGCGUACGAGAGGUAGAACAGACCGAACAUCUGCUUCAGCGACAACUCACUCGAUUAAACGAUCGAAUCGAGUCACUCCGCAGGAAUGCGCAGGAAAAGGCUGAGGUUGCGCAGGCGCGCAUGGAAGAGCUCCGUAACGUUCAAAAGCAGCUGCGCGAGGAGCGUGCGGAUAAGCAACGCGAUAUGGAAAGGAGGCGCAUUCGUAUUGAGCAGACAGAGAAGAAGAUGGCUGAUCUCAAGGAAAACAUUGAGAGUGAAAUCCAAUCAGCCCAUGACCAGUACCUCAAACUGGAGUCGCAUAUUAAACUCUAUAUCACAGAGAUGGAGAAGUCGUUGUGA